AUGUCCGUUCCCACAAAGGCAUCCCAUCUCUCUUCGACGACAUGUCCCACAAGGACGGUCGUCAUCUUGGGUGGUUCCUACGGAGGCUCACGAGCUGCUCAAGUUCUUGCAGAGGGUCUGCCGCAGGGUUGGAGAGUUAUUUUGGUAGAUAGAAACUCGCAUAGGAAUCAUUUUUACAACUUUUCUAGAUAUGCUGUUCUUCCAGGUCACGAACAUAAAGCAUUUAUUCCAUACAAGAACUUCCCUUCUUGUUCUCUGUCAGAUAUUUCUUCGUGUUCGUCUCAUGUUCGGGUGCAAGCAACUAUCAUCUCCAUAGAUAACCAUCGCAUCACCCUCUCUCCGAAUCUGCCAGGAUCACAAGAAUCAGACUUGGACUUGGAGUAUGACUAUGCCAUUUAUGCUCUCGGCUCCCACUUGCCCCAGCCUAUAGAUCUUUGGAAUCACCAAAAAGGUGUAAAGUCGAGUUUGGAACUACCAACAAUAUCGAUGUAUGGAGGAACGAAGUCGGAGGGUAUCUCAUCCCUCCGAGAACGCCAGAAAAGUAUCGAGGCUGCCAGGUCCGUGUUGGUUGUAGGUGGCGGCGCGCUUGGUAUUCAAUUCGCAUCCGACAUCGCUGCGGUAUACCCACAAAAGCACGUCACGCUUCUGCAUUCCCGCCGUCGUUUAUUGCCAAAAUUUCACGAUGCGAUGCAUGAAGAAACCCUCCAAGGUUUGCAGGAGCUGAACGUUCGGGUUAUUCUUGGAGAGCGACUCGAUUUCGAGUCUCUCCAACACAAAUACGCUAUGCCAGGGUCUUCGGAACCACGCGCAGUACGGACUCUAUCAGGACAGGAAAUAUCUACCGACCUGCUGCUCCUAUGCACUGGUCAAACACCGAACACUGGGCUCCUUCGCAACAUGGACCCUCGUACUGUAUCCCCAGACACUGGACUGGCACAUGUUCUGCGGACUAUGCAACUUUGCGUCCCGCCACCUUCUAUCGAGCCUCUCGAGUUUCAGACAGAUGAUAUACUACAAUGGUUGAUGAAUUUGACUUUUGAUACAGAAGAAGGGAUAGAACUGCUAGAAUUAUUGCCAUCAUCGCCAUCUAUCGCACAUGCCGACAUACCUUCGGGGUCACCUGUCUCAUCCACGGAUACCCUGAUCGAGCCGUACCCAAGCAAAAAGACUUUAUACUCAAAUAUCUUUGUCGUGGGCGAUGCAGCAGACGCGUUCGAUGCGAUCAAGGCUGGACAUACAUCAUAUUAUCAAGCGGAGGUUGCCGCCCGGAAUAUCCUACGCCUCAUUUCUCGAGAUGAGAAAGUUGGGAUUACGGAUGGGGAUAACCUAGAUUCGGAGCUCGAGGAGUAUGCACCCGGGCCUCCGGCCAUUAAAGUGACCCUUGGUAUGACGAAGUCGGUAUAUGAGGUGGACGGGGUUGUGGGCACGAAGAAUGAUGGUGUGGAAGAUUUGGAUGUUGCUAUUAUGUGGGCGGCGUGUGGGAUGCGGGAUGUGAGCGAGGAGGAAAUGUUUGCAUAG